UCCACGACAAGCAGUCUGCCACCGCUGCCAGCACGAUUUCGAGAUCUGUAUUCUUCUACGGUGAGGACGAGCACCCAGGAUGAUCCUUCUUUGCACGGCGGCCGCAAGCGAGUGACGCCUCAUGUUGCUGGCAAUUGGCCCGGACAUGUAUACCUCGAAUGGUGUCCCAACCCAGAACAGCAAGCACUACUCGAGCAGGCGAUAUGCGAGAUGCAGAGCACCUCGCCCGCUGAAGGCUCCGAGAGACAAACGAUCCACAGCCUUCUGAAGAACGACCUCGGCGUGGAUCUCCCUCUUCACGUCUCUCUAUCCAGGCCCUUGACUCUCAAGACCCCUCAAAAAGAUCCAUUCUUGGACCAGCUCAAGUCGGCCAUCACCCAAACUGCCGUCAGCGCUUUCGCCACACGGCCUCUUGAUCUCCUAUGGCAUCCAAACGAAGACCGCACGCGCUGGUUCCUCGUGCUGCGACUUGAGCGGCCUGCAGCCGACGAGCUGCAAACGCUGCUGAAGGCUUGUAAUCAAAUCGCUGGGGAGUUUGGACAGCCAUUCCUCUACCAGACUCAAUCAGCAAUGGCCGCGACUGGGUCGAAACGCAGUAGAGCCAUCACGGCUACGGCACAGGCUCCGCCGCACAGUAGCUUUCAUAUCAGUAUUGCGUGGUCACUCCAAGCUCAGGGAUCGCAGUCUAGUGAUAGUGGCGAUUGGGAAGAGUUGAGGGUAUCUAAGGAGGUGAAGACGAAAGUUCAGGCGGUGCAGGUGGACUUUGAGGAGGUGAAGGUCAAGAUUGGGCAGGACGUUACUUCGCUUGCGCUGAAGAAGACAAGA